AUGGCUCUGAGGGUCAAUUCUAUAACAGUCCAAUUCACUAGGCUGCCCCUCGGCAUAUCAUGGACUGGCCUACGCUUCAAGUCCUCAACUUCAAAUAGGGAGAAAGAGUUAGCGGCGUCCACAUUUGCAAAGCACCAUGGAGAGAAAAUAUGGAUAUACAGUCACAUAUUAGAGGGCAUGACGGUGUACUCGCAUAGGCCCGUGCUCAAGGCGAACAAGGCGCUAAGACAGCUCUCCUUCAACGGCAAGAAACUCAAGCCUAGCAAGUUCCGACGUGACUACUGGCGGCCCUUCGCCAUGAUACAGUUCCCUGAGGGCCUCGGCAACGUGGGGCAGAACGUAUAUCAACGCUUGCGAGAGUGCAAGAAAUUGCACGAGCUAUCGUGGGACAACGACAUGUUUUAUGACAAGGAAGGAAAGCCCCUGACGAAGCACGAGCGGGGCUCGAAGAUCAACGACCAGAAGACCAACACGGUUGCCGACAUAGCUGCGGUGCUCGGGGGACUAGGGAAGGGCAAUCUGAUUUGGAUGACCGUGUCACAGGACCCGAAAAUACUUGCCAACCUAGAAGCGGGAGAUGACAAGCACCUCAAGAAGGAGAGCGACGCUGUUAAGGCCCGAGUCAAAGCUCAGGUCUGGUGGGCCGAUGAUCAAGACCGGCACUUCGCAAAAAGCUGGCCUCCUAAUGUCACACACCACCGCUUCGACCAAGCCGCUAUAGAGGAGAUGGGAUGGGACGCCAAAACGCUCCCGGAGCAAGACUCGAAAUCGGGAGAAGCAGCAAAAGAAGGCGAGGAUCAGGAGGGGACGGACAACAAGGAGGCGGCAGACCAGAAGCCAGCCGACCAAAAAGAGGUAGGCCAGAAGAGGACAGAUCAAAAGGAGGCAGGCCAAAAGAACUCUCUAUAA